GCGGCCGGCGUCGGCGUCGCCAUGGCGCCGGGGCCAACAGCGCGUCCGCGCCCGACCCCGACCCCGCCGCCGGAGCCCUCGCAGCUCUCGCAGCUCCCGCACUUGUCGCGGCCCCCGCAGCCUCCGCCGCCGCGGCCAUGCCCAAGCCGGCCAACAUCGUGCAGGGCAGUCCGUCCCAGACAAGGAGGAUGUCCACCACCAGGAAGGUCAGCCUCUCUGUAAGCAAAACAAGCAUAAGCCGUAGUAAAACCAGCUUGAACCUAAGUAGGACAGCACUGUCAAGAACCACAAGCGGACCUACAGAGGGCAAAGACAAAGCGGCCUUGCAUCAUCCGAGGCACCAAAUCCAGAUAUUUGACGCGCUUGGGAAUAAUGUCACUCCUAGACCCCUUUUCCAUCCAGAUCCACAUUUUCCUGGAUCCAAAAAGCCUAGUAAGCUGCUUGUGUCUCAGGAUGUGUCUCUUGGAUCAGACUAUGCAGGCUCCUACACCAUGUUUCAGAAUACCGUGAACCCUAGUUUUGUGGGACAGUUUACAAGGUCAGCUUUGGGAAGCAGCACUGUUUCUAAAUCAAGUGCUUCUACCACGGAGUCAAUCGGAGAAGAACUGGAAGAGCCAUCUUACAGACGAGAAACAAUAUCCAGUUAUAUUGAUCUCCACGUUAAGAAAGAAGUGCCAAAAGUCCUAACGAAAGAAGAAUUGGCUGCCAAAGUGGACAUCUACCUUUCUGAGACAGAAACCAUAUGGCUCUUCAAUCUCCCAACAGUAGUGUAUUCGAUAGAGUCUGAAGAAGCUGAGAAAAUAAAGAGACGAAACAUGCUUUAUGAAACCCUUUGUAAAAAUCGAGCCGGCAACGACUUAUACGUGGAAAGGGUGAUGCAGACUUUUAAUGGUGCCCCUAAGCACAAGGAAGUUCAGUGUGAUAAAAUUCUAACAGAAGAAAAAGGCGUAAUGUCCACCACCUGGGCCUUGUAUGACACUUAUAACUCCUUGGAACUUUCUACUUCAUCAGUGAGACUGGAAACAGCCAAGUCAGGCAGUGUGCACGAGAGGCCAAGGAAAGACCAGGACUCCAGAUAUCUGAGUACUACAGACAGAACUAGUGAAAGUAGUUCUACAAUCGAUGUUGAGAGCAUCAUCAUGGCUAAAAUUCACGAGGAAGAGGAAGAUCGCUCAGCGUUGAUACUGAAGUCAGAAAAAUUUCAACAGGAUUUAUUUUUCAUAGAGAGGGUUCUCAUGGAAAACAUAUUUCAACCGAAACUCGCAGCUUAUCGUCAGCUUCCUAUCCUAGAGGGCAAGGAAGAAGAAGAGAGUUACCACCAAGUACAAAAAGUUAAGCGUACUGAGGAAGGUGAAGAUGCAGAGGUGACUGAAGGACAGCCUGUGGGGGCUGUGGAAGAAGCCAUCCCACCCAAUCUAGAACGACUGUGGUCGUUUUCUUGUGACCUAACAAAAGGACACAAUGUGAGCAGCAUGGCCUGGAAUAAAGCAAACCCAGACCUGUUGGCCGUUGGUUAUGGCCAAUUUGGCUUUAGAGAGCAGAAGAGAGGACUGGCCUGCUGUUGGUCACUAAAGAAUCCUAUGUGGCCAGAACGUGUUUAUCCGAGUCUCCAUGGGGUGACAUCUGUGGAUUUCUCUAUAGCAUCCCCAAACCUUCUCGCUGUUGGAUUUUACAAUGGUACCAUAGCCAUCUACAACGUGCAGAGCACCAACAGUGUUCCUGUCCUGGACAGUAGUGAAUCUCAACAUAAGCACAUUGGACCAAUUUGGCAAGUCCAGUGGGUAGAGCAGGACAAAGGAGCGACAGGUGAAGAAAAAAAGGAAAUACUCGUUACUGUCGGGGCUGAUGGAAGAAUCGUCAAGUGGAUUAUACAGAAAGGAUUGCUUUGUCAUGAUUUGAUGAAAUUGAGGAGAACAUCAAUUGACAAGCAAAAAAAGCAAAAUGAGAGAGAGAAGAAAGGUGAAGCUUUGAUAUCUCGGCAGGCUCCUGGAAUGUGUUUUGCUUUUCAUCCCAGGGACACAAACAUCUAUCUGGCUGGUACAGAAGAAGGUCACAUUCAUAAGUGCUCUUGUUCCUAUAACGAACAGUACUUGGACACCUACAAAGGUCACAAGGGUCCUGUGUACAGGAUAGCAUGGAACCCAUUUUGCUAUGAAGCAUUCCUAAGCUGUUCUGCAGACUGGGGUGUGAAUCUCUGGCAACAGGACAACCUUAAGCCAUAUUUGAGUUUUUAUACAACUACUCAUGUGAUUUAUGAUAUUGCCUGGUCUCCAAAGUCAUCAUAUAUUUUUGCAGCAGCAAAUGAGCACAGAGUUGAGAUCUGGGACCUCCAUUGCAACAUUUUGGAUCCUAUCAUUGUGAAUGUAGCUAACCCAGGAGUGAAAUUUACAACUGUCCUCUUUGCUAAAAAUACCGAUUGCAUUUUAAUUGGAGACAGUGAAGGACAAGUUAUCGUCUAUGAAUUGAAGAACAUGCCGAUUUACAUAGAGAGUGGCCGGGAGGAUGCCAUUGACCUUUUACUUGGACCUGGGGCACACAGUGUUUAGUAAUUUGUUGAUGCUGAUACUUUUUAUAAAGAGAAAGUAGACUGGGUUUUUAUAUUAAAUAGCAGCUGUCUUCUGUGUCUUAGAUUGACUCUUUGAUUUUGGCUUAGGCAGAAUAUUACCUGUAUUUUUACUUUAUAAUUAAUUUGAGCAUAAAUCAAAUGAAAGGGUUAUUGGUAUAUUUUAUGUGAUUUUUAACUGAUUAUAUAAAACAUUGUCAGAAGUUCUCCAACUUUCCUGUGGAAAUUCCCAAAGGAUGGUAUCAUUUAACUGGUAUAGCUACAACCCAAAUUAUAAGAAAAAUACUCUGGCUUUAAUAACAUAAUGAUAAGUAUUUUUAGAUUCCAAACUUUGCUGUGUAUUAACAGGGCAAAAAGUCCCAAGGGUUCUGAAUGAAGAAUAAUUUUUCAUCUAGUGUUUACAAAACUCUGAUUGUUUUCCAAAGUGCUUAUGAAUUAGGUUUUUUUUUCUGAUUUUUAAAAAAUAAUCUGGGUACUUGAUUUCUCCAUUUACUAGGGAUAGGAGUUUUUCCUUCAAUUGGUUAGGCUAUAAUUCUUGGUUAGAUUAUGUGACAGUAGCUUCUUACAAGUCACACUUAUUACUUGGGAGAAACUUCCAAAGCAUGUCAGACUAGCAUAUUCUGGGCUAGGUGGCCUCACAGACUGCUUUGUAACCCAUCUGGCACAGAUGCCUCUGGCAUCCCUUCACCAGCAUGCCCAAAGCCUGGCGCUGAGCUUGAGAGUCCAGACUGGAAUGUGCUGAGAGGGAGGUCCAGAAUAAAUCAAAUAAACCAAUAUUGAGCUGGAGAACCUCUGUGAUAUUAGGUUCAUUCUAAGGGUGAUUCGGAGGAUACUAUUUGGGUACACCCUGGCUAGUCCAUGGUUGACCUCGGUUUCCCAUUUUUUAAGGGAGUCCUGAAAUUGGCAUGGCUUUCCAGGAAUUCUCCAGGUUGUGGACAGAUUAGGACCUCACUAGGUAACCUCUGUAAUGACCUUAGUGUUCUGGGCCUCAAAGAAAGCCUGGGCAACCAGAAACAGGGAUACCAGCUUACCAACAAGACCCCAUGUUUGCUGUUCAUGUGUGAUGUUCAUGGUAGCUUCUGUAAACAGCAUUGUUUUUGAUUUUGUUGAAACUUUGGAUUUUACCAACCCCUGGCAUUGAUGUGAUCCUGGGGCAUUUUUUUUAUUGUACAACAACUUACCAAGUGGAGAUGAAAAGGCUGUGAAAUGUUGGGUUCCAUUAAGCAUUGACUCAGUGCAGCUUGAGAGCUAUUGUUAUCACCCAUUGUCCUCAGCUAUUUCAACCACAAGUAAGUAUUAAUGUUAUUUUGUUCUUUUGGACUUGUCUUUUAAACGAGCAGAUCACUCACAGAAAAGUAGUUUUUGAGCUUUGUUAGGAUAAGGUGUUUUUGAAAAAAUCUCUUAACAAUGUAGGUGAUGAUUUGAUUCUCUGUUGUAUUGUUUUAAAAGCCAGGCUUCUACAAGACUGCUGAUAAAUGAAUAAAAGCUUGAGACAUUUGC